UGCCGGGGCCGCGCCGGUGGCGGCGGGGCCGGACACGCAUCCCCGGGCCCGACCUUUGCCCCACAUCCCUUCCCCAAAUUGGGGGCUGGAUUGGGGACAGGGGGGUCGGCUUGCAGGAGGUGGCGCUCGCUCGCUCUCGCUGCCCCCGGAUUUUUUUUCCCUGCGGUUGCUCGGGAAGGUGGAGCCUGGGACCACCCCCGCGGGCAGGUGCCGGAUGGCGGCGGGGACCCUCUGCCCUUCCGACUCCUUGCAGGAAUUCCCGUACGCCCCCCAAAACAGCCCCCCGGCCGGGGGGGUGCCCCCGGCCACCGACCUGGUGCUGGGGGCCACGGCCGGGUGCUUGGCCUGCUUCCUCACCAACCCGCUGGAGGUGGUGAAGACGCGGCUGCAGCUGCAGGGCGAGCUGCAGCCCCCGGGCUCGUACCCCCGGCCGUACCGCGGGGUGCUGCGGGCGGCCGUGGCCGUGUGCCGGGCGGACGGGCUGCGGGGGCUGCAGAAGGGGCUGGCGGCCGGGCUGCUCUACCAGGGGCUCAUGAACGGCGUCCGCUUCUACUGCUACUCGCACGCCGAGGACGCCGGCUGGACCGGGUAUCCCGGCGGAACCGUGGCCGCCGGGGCCGUGGCCGGGGCGGUGGGAGCCAUCGUGGGCAGCCCCGCGUACCUGGUCAAGACCCACCUCCAAGCCCAGACCGUGUCGGCCAUGGCCGUGGGCCACCAGCACAACCAUGAGAGCAUCUCCGGUGCUUUCAAGAGCAUCUACCAGCAGCACGGGGUGGUGGGGCUGUGGCGGGGGGUGACGGGGGCCGUGCCCCGCGUGGCCGUGGGCUCGGCUGUGCAGCUCGCCACCUUCGCCUCCGCCAAGGACUGGGUUUGUGAGCGCCAGUGGUUCAGGAAGGGCAGCUGGGCGGCCGUGCUGGCGGGGGGCAUGGUGAGCGGUGUGGCUGUGGCGGUGACAAUGACACCUUUUGACGUGAUCAGCACCCGUCUCUACAACCAGCCGGUGGACGCCGAUGGCACGGGCAAGCUCUACCGAGGUUUUUUGGAUUGUAUUCUGCAAAUCUCCGGCAAAGAGGGGCUGCUGGGCUUGUACAAGGGCAUCGGCGCCGUCUACCUCCGCCUCGGCCCCCACACCGUCCUCAGCCUCUUCUUCUGGGACAAGCUCAGGAACAUGGUUCAGCACUAGCAGCCCCCAGGGCUGUAGGACAGACUUCUGCCACCACCAACACCGAUGUUAAUAAAGAGCUGAAGCUCAUCUCUGGCCGGGCCUUUAGCUGCCCUGGAUGGGCCCAAUAAUGAUUUACCAGCCGAGGCGGGGCUGGAGGGGCACUCC